AUGUUCAUUGUUCAUCAACCAUCCAACAUGUCUACUGUUGCUGCUCGAUUCCGCCUCGACCAAGGCUGGUCUGUCCGAGCCAAAGAUUGGUCUCCCUCAGAAUGGCUACCAGUAAAACAGAUGCCUACUCAAAUUCACAUGGACCUACUCGCCAAUGGCAAGAUUCCAGAUCCCUAUGUCGACAUGAAUGAGCUCGCAGUCCAAUGGGUGGGAGAAAAGACGUGGAUAUACAAACUGCAGUUCACGCCGCCUACCACCACUCACAAGUUCACAGACAUUGUGUUUGAGGGGCUCGACACGUUUGCCAAAGUGACAUUAAACGGCAAAGAAAUCCUCUCUUCAGAUAACAUGUUUGUAUCUUACAGGGUCAACAUCAAUGACGCCAUGAUCCCUGACCAGGAAAACCUGCUCGAAAUCGAGUUUGACUCUGCUUUGACCAAGGGACGCCAGCUCGUCGAGAAGCACAAACAUGAACACGACUUUUACGUUCGACAGUCUGAGGCAGGAAGAGUCGCUGUCAGAAAGGCUCAGUACAAUUGGGGCUGGGAUUGGGGUCCUAUCCUGAUGACCGCUGGCCCAUGGAAGCCCGUGUAUCUGGAUCAGUACACCGCCAAGCUCGACGAUAUUUGGGUGCAGCACCUUUUUGGAGAUGACCUUCAAUCUUGCAACGGCUUCCUGUUUGCCAACGUUCAGGGUGGCACUGGCGCCGACGAUACCGUCAAGUUUACACUCACCCUCGACAAUGAGACCAUCCUGGAAGCAGAAUCCAAAGUCGACAACAACGGCACGGCGCAAGCUCCCUUUGAGCUAACAAAUCCCAAACUUUGGUAUCCCUUCCGCUAUGGCAGUCCUGUGCGAUAUAGCUUCACUGCAACUCUCCGCCGCUCCUCCGCACAACUCGAUACCAAGACCCGCCUCGUUGGAUUCCGCAAGACUGAGCUCGUGCAAGAAGAUGACUCCCACGGCAAGUCGUUUUACUUCCGCAUCAACAACAUUGACGUCUUUGCCGGCGGUUCGUGCUGGAUCCCUGCCGACAACAUGGUCUCACAGAUUUCUCCCCAGCGCUACUACGACUGGGUCAAGCUGGCGGUGGAAGGCAACCAAGAUAUGAUCCGCGUCUGGGGCGGCGGCAUCUACGAGGAUGAUGCCUUUAUGGACGCCUGCGACGAGCUUGGUGUUCUUGUAUGGCACGACUUCCAGUUUGCCUGCGCCAGCUACCCCACGUACAAGUCGUAUCUUGACACCUUUACGCGUGAGGCCACUCAGCAAAUCCAACGCUUCCGAUGGCGGCCCUCGGUCGUUGUCUGGGCUGGCAACAACGAGGACUACCAGGUCCAAGAGCGAUACAAGCUCGACUACGACUACGCCAACAAGGACCCAGAGUCGUGGCUCAAGUCGAGCUUCCCGGCGCGCUACAUCUACGAGCACCUUCUCCCAGAACUUCUCAAGGAGCAUGAUCCUCACAAUCUCUACCACCCAAGCAGCCCUUGGGGAGACGGCAAGCCGUGGGCCGAUCUCACUGUCGGUGAUAUGCAUCAAUGGAACAUCUGGCACGGCACGAUGGAAAAGUACCAAGAUGCAGCGGAAAUGUCUGGUCGAUUCGUCAGCGAAUUCGGCAUGGCCGCCUAUCCACACGUCUCGACCAACAAGGCCGCCAUUACGGAUGCAUCACAGCUCUACCCGGGCUCCAUGAUGCUCGACUUCCGCAACAAGGCCAUUGGACACGAGCGGCGCACCGCCACCUACAUUGCUGAGAACUUUCGCUUCCGCGACGGCUUUGGCGAAUUCACGCAUCUCUCGCAGACCGUUCAGUCGGAGACAAUGCGCUGGGCGUACAAGACAUGGCGCCGUCAGUGGAACACGCCUGGUCAACGCAAGUGUGGCGGCGUGCUUGUAUGGCAGCUCAACGACUGUUGGCCCACGGCCUCCUGGGCCGUCGUGGACUACUACCUGGUCAAGAAGCCGGCGUACUAUGCCAUUGCGCGCGCCAUGAGAACGGUGGAUGUCGGCGUCACAAGGACCGUCUUUGACUGGUGCCAGACCACCGAGUUUGUCGACGAGUUCUCUGGCCUCAAGACAGGUCAGAUUGAUCUGUCCGAGGCAGCCCGCAAGGGUACCUUUGACGUCUGGAUUGCCAGCAGCGCGGUAGACGAGAUCGAGGUUAGCCUAACAGUUCGCUUCAUCUCCAUCAAGACAGGAAAGGAUGUCUGCGCGCCGAUCCAGCGCAAGACUAUCGCUGGCGCAAACCGAACCACAGAGGUGCUGGAAAAGGAAGCCCUCCCAGCGUCUAUUCCAGAUGCAGAUGAUUACACUGUUCCUUUUUGUGUUGCAAAGCAUGAUCCCUUCGUUGUUCACGCUACUGUUACUCUUCCGGACGGAACCGUUGUAUCUGACUCUGCUUGGCCAGACCCCAUAAAGUAUUUGGAUUUUGCGGCGCGCAAUGUCCAGUUUGCAGCAUCUGCAGAUGGCGAGCACGUUACCAUUUCCGCUGAGAAGCCAGUAAAGGCCUUUGUUUUUGAAGAGACGCCUGGUAUGAAGCUGAGCGAUAACGGGUUUGACAUUAUGCCUGGUGAGGAUGUCACGGUGCGUGUUCAGGGUAGCAAGGUCCAAGAGUUGCUCUGGACGCAUAUUGGAGCAAAGGAGGCUUCCAUGAGUAUUUAA